CUUUUCUGCAGUUUAUGUUGGCCUGGCAACUGUUGCUGGCUUUAUAUGGUGGUUUAUUUACUCUGAUGGUGGUCCUAAACUUACUUACAGUGAACUGAUGAAUUUUGAAACGUGCGCACUUAGAGAGACAAGUUAUCCCUGCAGCAUAUUUGAGGAUCGACAUCCAUCAACCGUGGCUAUGACAAUACUUGUUGUAGUGGAGAUGUUUAAUGCUCUAAAUAACCUUAGCGAAAAUCAAUCCCUUCUGGUUAUAACCCCGAGGAGUAAUUUAUGGCUCGUUGGGUCAAUUAUCCUGACGAUGGUUCUGCACAUACUAAUAUUAUAUGUUCAUCCACUAGCAGUCUUAUUUUCUGUCACGCCAUUGUCCUUGGGCGAAUGGACCGCCGUUCUGUAUCUUUCGUUUCCAGUUAUCAUCAUUGAUGAGAUUCUGAAGUUCCUCUCUAGAAACACCGGCUUGAGGUUCAGGUUCAGAUUAAGGAAGAUGGAUCAACUCCCCAAGGACCGGCGUGACAGGUAGAACAAGAACGCAAGGCAUCGCUUCUUCUGUCAUACAGAGUUUUGGCAUUAUAGAUACACCAAUACGAAGAGAGAGAGAGAGGGAGAUUCUAAUGCAAUCCAGAAAGCUCCAACACCAUAAAACUCUUUCGCUUUUAAUUGUCUUUCUAUAUUUUGUAACAAAUUUCUAUGUAUUCUUACACAGAUCAAUGCUUUCAGGUAUAUCGGAUUUUCAAACAUUUACUACUUAAGAAGUAUUUUGGUA